AUGCCCCCACUUGCUUGUGACAUGGAUGAAGCUGUAGCUUUGCACCGUUCGGGGCCCAGCGACAGUGGGGACCGAAACCCAUCCAGCCCGAAGACGGGGAAGGCUGAUCCGGUGAAAGGGGGAGAGGCGGACAGCUCCCAUUCAGGAUCUCCUCCCAGCUCCUCGACCUAUGCCACGAUAAAUUCUUCUAAGGUGCACCUCUCAGAUACCACAGCUGGUGCUGGGACCCCUACCAAGGUCGAUAAACUACGGGGCAGUCUCGACGAUAGCAAAUUGGAAGAACCGUCCAAGUCCGUCGCUUUGCCCGCCUUGCCCGUGCCUGUUGAAUGGCUUCAUUCCCUGGCAAACACCGAUGUUCCGAUCGCCUCAAUGUGGUUUUAUUCACCGGUUGAUCUCUUGGUUUUUACUGCUGACAACCACACGGUUGCCUGGGCAUAUGACCCUGCUUCCGCCGAGUACUGA